GAAAUUCUCUGUGGCGCAUGCCCUAUAGCCCGAUUGCAAAUGGCGGACGAUUGUAUUGUUCGAUGGCGGACGUCAAGGGAAUGAUAUUAUGUACUCCAAAUCAUCACUUAGAAGCAAUAGACAAAUUAACAAGCUUGAGGUCUAUUGGUUAAUGGUGACAGUGGCAUCAGUGUCAUUGAACUGUCAGAAAUUUUAUUGAUAGAAUUAAAAAUUUAACAGUGAAAUAUUUACAAAUGAAAAAUAUUUAAAGGAAGAACCCAUUAUAGAAAGUUUAACUUAAUGGAAGCUUUGCAAAUAUGGAAGAAGAAGAGCAGGACUUAGCUACUACAGUCCUGACUUGUGAGGGAGAUAUUCAUGACCCCACUUUCCCUUUCAAGUUACAGUGCCUCAUCUACAAAUUGAAGAGGUUAAUAUCAAAUGAAGAGAAGCCUUUUAAGGUGACAAAAAUUGAACCAUGGAACAGUGUUAGAGUAACAUUUAACAUCCCACGUGAAGCUGCACAACGUUUAAGGCAGUUGGCUGAACAUGGUGAUAGAGUAUUAAGAGAAUUGGGUAUUUUGUCAGUUCAAGUGGAAGGUGAUCAGGUUAUCACAUUAACUUUGGCUGGACAUUAUAAUGAACCAACAGAAAUAGUGUUGAGGAAGACUCCAGAAACAACAAAUACUGAUAACCGUAAUACUUUAGGUUCAGUACCAUUUGAGUUAUCAGGAAAUGAAAGUGUAGCUGUCCCAAAGACUAUUGAAGGAAAUCCAAAAAAUAUUGUGCAGUUCCUAACUCAACAAACAGGACUAGCAUCAACUUCAGUUGGUGGUCCUUCAUCUUCUGGUACCUCAGCUACAACUGUCACUAAUGUAUCGGAUGCAGUAGAUUCAAUACUGGGAGGACAAGGAACCAGUCAACUAGCUAGUCGUGAUGUUGGAUUUCGUUCACCAAAUGUGGUGGCACCAACAAGCAAUGAACCAAUUCCUUAUUUGGCAGCAUCAUCUGUGGGGACAUCUCGUCUGCCUCAGAAUAACUCUACUAGGCCUCAAACUGCUUUUGGUCCUUUUCCGUUUGCCAGUAUGACCCAUGCUAUGAAUACAAAGCAUGGUGCUGCUCAUCAUCAACCAUUGUUCCACAUGCAGGGCAAUGCAUGCUUUACUUACACUUCACGUUCACAACCAUUCCCUACAUCCACCUCUACCACAAUUAGUCAGACUAAUUCAGCUUCAUCCAAUACCUUGACUUCAUCAGCUGCUGUUACUUCACCUCAGGUAGCUGUUAGUUCCAUAACACAAAGAACAUCUCAGGGCACUACUGCUAAUCCAGUUUUUAAUAAUUUUGUAACUCAUGUGUCCACCUCAAAUCUGCUUGUGGCUGUUGGAACUACUACUUCCACUACUACUACAACUAUCACAAGAGCAAAUGUGGCUUUGUCAAGUCCAUUGCUUGUUAACUUAUUGCAAAGUGAUGCACAUACCAAUAAGAUGAUGCCACCUCCUGCUCCAGCUGCAAAUCAGCCUCCAAAGAGAAAGAGAAAGCCUAGAAGGCCUAAAGAUAAAUCUCCUGAUAUUAUAUCUGUACGAGGAAGUUCCCCAACCACAAAUAUCUAUUCUGGUUUGCCAUCACCACCAUUGCAUCCCUCAGCACCGUCCAGUACAUCUUUGCAUCCUGUACCAAAUGUGUCUUCUUCAGGUUUUGACCCAUUGGGAGUUCUAAGUAGUCAGACUUUUAAUGUUUCUCUGCCUAACAUCCCAAACAUUCCUCUUUCACCACCAAUGACUCAAGUACCCAAUAUCCAUCCACAUGCACAAGGUCAACCUCAAGUACAUACAGGCAAUUUGCCAUUAAGAACAAGAAUUCCAUUUGGAACUCCUGCUGUUGCAAGACUUCCUACUUCUCUUCAUUCUUUAGGUAUGGUGACAUCACAAGUAAACACUUCACCAUUAAAUGUUUCAACAGUUGCAACUCCUGCAACUUGCAAUGAGUCUAGUCUUAAUAAAGAAGCAGAGAAGCCACAAGGAAGUUCAACGCCUGAACCAAAUCCUUUUCCCUCACCUCCACCAUCAACAGAUGGUAAAAUCAAACAUCUUAUUAAUCCUUUUACUGGUCAAAUGGAACCAAUGCCAAGUGAUGAAGAGGAAGAUGAGUCAAUAGGAUCAUUACCUCCAUUUCCAGAUUUUGAAGUUGAUACACCUGAAAAUGGUCAAUCUGAAAGAAGUUUAUCUGAUAAUGGCAAGGAUCCUUCUGAUACUGAUUCAGGAAUCAGUAAAUCUCAUACGGAUAUUUCACAAUCAUCUACUGAUUGGGGAAGUAUAGAAUCAAACAAAGAAAGUGAAAACAAAGCUGACUCUGCUACAAAAACAGUAAAUUUAAAUGAAGAAUUAAAGCAAGAAAAUUCAUUAUCCACUUCUAGUGGCAUGAGUGGAAGUUCUUCUUGUGAAAAAUUAAAACUUCGAUUGAAGUUGGAUACUAAAGCCUUAAGAGACUCAAAAGAGAAUGAAAAUCGUGAAAAGAAAAGUAAAUCUGAUAUAAGUGGUUUGUGUCAGUCAAGCCAUAAAAUUGAUGUAUCAGUUGUUAAUAUUCCUACUUCUAAGAAGAACAGUACAUCAAAUAAUCCAUCUGGGAGUUCAGAACCCAGAGUACCUCCAUUACAUAUUUCUUUAAGAGGGCCAAAUGCAGCUGUUGUUGUGAGUCCGAGGAAGGAAAUGGGCGUGAAAGAAAUUUAUGAUCCAUAUUCUUUGGACUCUACAAAAAUGGUUUCGUCAUCUCAGAAGAAAUCUCGUUCUCCUCGUAGUUCUAGAUCCUCUGCUGGAGAAAUUGCAUCUAUAUGUGCCAUGUCUUCUCAUUCUCCCAAGAGUUCUGACUGUAAUAGUAGAAGAAGUCCAAGGUCUGAGUGUUCAAGAAAUUCUCUUCGUGAUAAAGAAGAUAAUGGUAAUGUAGAUGAAUUUUGGAAUAAAAAUGUAAAAACAUUAUCUGGUGGUGGUAUUGUGCAGAUGCCAGAAGAUGAAUCUGUAUCACCAAUUGCAGGAUGCGAUAAUAUAUUUAAGAAUACUGUUAAUAUUACUCCCAAAGAGAAAAUAAGCAGUGAAAUCAGCUCAGCAUCUGUAACUACUCAAUCUACAAAUAUUACACAUGUUUCUGAUUCUGUUAAUACCACCCCCACUAUAACAACAGUUGCCUUAAUAAAGUCAACACUGCCUGAAAAUUCUAGAGUUUCUCCUUCAACUAAUGCAACUGUAACAACUUUAUCUUCUUCCGAGGUGACAACAGUUAUGUCAGGAAAAAGAUCUAAUGAAAGGACUAGCAUUUCAAACUCUUCUAAUAUUCCAGAUGAAGUAGUAAGUUUGGAAUCAAAUAUUGGAUAUAAACAUGACACUCAUAAUUUCAGCAACAAUGCAGUGGUUUCAAAAGUACUGGCUGCUAUUUCUGUAUCAGCAAGUUAUACAAAAAUACCAUUUCAAACAGAUAGGACUAGUGUUACAUAUGUCAUAUCACAAUCCAAUGAUUUUCAGAAAACUUCAAAUUCAAAUAUUGAAGUUUCUACAUCCCUCAGCCAAAAAAUGGAAGAUUCAUUUACAGAACUUUCUGAUAGUACAAGUCAGAAUAAAUCAAAUAAUAGCCAUCUACCUCAAGCGCAUACUUCUGAAUCAUUAACUUCAUCUGUCAGUAUUGAAAAUAAGAAUUUGAUAUCAUCAACUUGUACUAGUGAUUCUACAGAUAAGAAUAAUUCUCAAAUAAGUGAUGCAACAUCAUCAAAAUUUAAUACUGAUUUUGAUGUUACUGAUACUUCAUUACAGCAAAAUAGUAAUUGCAAUAUUUCUAUAAAACUAAAUGAAGAAAGAAAUGUGCAAUCAAAUAAAUCUCAGAAUGUGACAAGAUGCAUAGUAUCGGAAGAAAGUUUACUUAGACAGUCAGAGAAUACCUUUUCAGAUUCUACAAGUUUAAAUUCUGAAAUGAGAAUAACAUCUUCACAAGAUAGUAUUGAUUCUAAUAAUGUUACUGUUGAGUCUAUGAAAGUGGUGAACAGCCCUUCAAGGCAAAAUCUUGAUAAUAUAAUUACAAAAAGGGCAGAUGAUAAUGUUGAUCAUUCAAAGAAUGAAUUAUCAACAUUAUUGAAUGAUUAUUCAGAAAAAAGGACAGAAAUGAAGGUGGUUACUUCUAUCAAUAACACUUUGGAAUCUUUGCAGAAUUCUUACGUAACUUCAUCAAGCAAUUCCCAAAAUGUUUCAUUUAAUGAAACAUUUGAUUUGAAACCAGAUGUAAUAGCUAAUUCUGAACUUACUGAAGAUGAAAAGGUUCCUGUUCAACAUCAGAAUGAAAAUAAGUUAAUUGAAGAAUCUUUUGAAAAAUCUGGGAAUAAUACUAAUCAUAUUGGUGAAAAUGCUAUCGAUGAAAUUAUAAAUAAUCAUAAUGAUAAAUAUCCAAAAACUUGUCAAUUGAAAUUUUCAGAUUUAGAGAAUAAUCGAGACCUAAGUGAUGGUAUUUCUGUAGAAAUGGAAAAUGAUCAUCCUUCAGAAAAUAUUUGCUUAAUAGAUGUAAGGAAAAAAUCAUCAUCACCAGUUGCAAAAAUAAUAUCUGUUGAUAGUCUACCUAUUCAGUCUGUUUCUAAAGUGAUAGAAGUGCCUUCUCUUCAUAUUUCACAAACUGUGCCAAAGUCAGCUAAUAGACUUGGCCUUGCAGGAGAAGUAUCAUCAAUUCCAUCUCUCAUACCAUCACAUGGUGAUGAAUUCCCAAGAAAUAUUGUAGCUAUGCAUCAAAGUACUAAUGAUGAUUGCUACCUUUCUGAACCAAAUCUGGAAUCAGCAACAGAUGUUGUACAUACUAGAUUAUUACCAAUAACAUAUUCUUCAGGAACUACUAUAAAUAGAAUUUCUCAUAUUAAUAAGUCAGAAUCUGUACAUAUAAAUCAUUUGUGUAAUAAAACAGAUGAGUCUUUACACGAAACAAUAUUGAAGACAGACACAACUAAUAAAAGAUCAGAUGUAAAUGAAAAACAAUCAGAUGGAAGUAGUGAAGAAUCCAGUCUUGAUUCAGUAGAAGAAUUACGGGAAAUAGACAAGGAUGAUACUGACUCAUCUAAUUUAGAACAUGAAAAUAAAGAUUGUUCUACUAAUAAGGCAUCAUCAUCAGAAUCUUCAAACAAUGAAUCAUUAAAAGAAACUGAAGUUGAAAAUCCAAGACCAGAAAGAGAUAAUCCAUCAAUUCAGCAAUUAUUGAUCUGUGGCAAUGAAUUUUCAAAAGAUAGUAAAAUUUCUCAAAUCCCAUCACAUCAGAUGAAUGAAGCAAAAAAUUCCUUAUUAGAAGAUUUGUCCUCAGAUACUAUACAAAAGUGCUUAGAUUCUGUAAAUCCAUCAGAAAAUAUCUCAGCAGAAAAAGAUGUUAAACUAGAGAAUCUGUGUCAAAAGAAUGAAUAUGAUUUUUCAGAUAUGACUAUUAAUGAACUAAAAUUGGAUAAUACACCAAAUGAACAGACUUCUGGUGAUAGUACUGUUAAGUUAAACAAUGAUAAAGAUUCUGAACAGAAUACUACAUUUAACAUUCCAAAUGUUUCUGAUUUUAAUGCUUCAUGUGAUUCAUCUGAUCAUAUAACUACUACAUUAACAGAAAAUAUAAUUGCAGAAUCUUCUGAUAUCACUGAUAGUUUGACAAUAUCUAACAGUAAAAAAGAUGAUGACGAUGAUUCUGUAACUCAAGAAGAUAAAUCAGAAAGUUCUGUUCUUCAGUCUAACAUGGAUUCUAUUGAUAAUAAAACUGUUGAUUUAAAUAAUGAAAAUUUAAUUCAUUCCAGGGAAGGAACUUGUCCAAGUUCUUUAACAACAAUUAUGCCUUCUACUUUAAAUUUUAGUGGAUCCACAUCUGGAGUAACGUCUUUGCUAUCUUCCAGCAAGUGUGUCUCAAUAUCUUCUGACAAUCUUGCAAGCAGUAAAGUGACGUUAAUUUUUAAAGGAAAUAUUAACAGUUCUGGUUCAGUUAGUCAGAAUCCUUCUUCACCAAGUGUAGUUCUUCCUAUCAGUUCAUCGAAGACUGUUCCAAUUAAACUUGUCACGCUUCCAGGAGGACAUUCAGGAUUAUCUGUUAGAUCAACUAGUAAUCCUGCAGUUGUAGAGAUUAUUGGUUCAACACCUGGUUCUUCACAUACAUCUGCAUUGUCAAAUUCAUCGUCGUCAUCAUCAUCUCCUGUCAGAUUAGUUGUUUCAAAAGUUUCUCCUGUAAAAGCUAAUGUACCUGCAAUGACUCCAUCAGGCUCUUCUUCCAUGCGCAACAUGGCAACAGUUGUUGUUAAAUCUGUUGUUGUUACAGGAACUUCUUCAUCAAUUAAAAUUGUGUCAGCAAAAGGUGCUAUAUGCACUACAACCACUGCCACCAAUACAGUAACAACAGUUUCUACUUCUGGUUCUUUUGUGUUAGUACCAUCUCCUUCUGUGUCAACUCAGUUAUCUACUGACAUUAAUUCUGGAAUCGAAAAAUCUAUUGUCUCUGUAGGUUCACAGUCCUUAAACAGUCCAGCAGUAGUACCAAUUUCUACAGUGAAUUCGGAUGAACAAGCAGGAGGAAAAAAGGAAAACAAAUUAGAGAAUCUAACAGAUAAUGAGCUUUCUACAAAUAUAAAUAAAGUACUUAAAAGUAAAACUUCAGAAGAUGUACAAACAGAAUUGUCGUUAACUUUAGAGAAUAAAAUCGAAUCUAUAAAUUCACUGACUGCUGAAGGUGAUAGCUGUAAUUCAGAUGUGAUAACUUUACUUGAUGAUGCAGAUAAAGAUACAGUAAAAUCUGAUUCUUCAAAUAUGUUAGUAGAGAAAUCUUUAGAAGAUUUUAGAAGCAGUGAUAAAGAGUCUACAUCAAGUGUGUAUAUAAAUGAAUCAGAUGUCAAGAGUAAUGAGAGUUAUAAUGAAAAUAUUUCUAAAGAAUUAAUUAAUAGUUCUUCAAUUUUAGAGUCAAAAACUAAUGCAGAGUCAGUACAACAGAAUGAAACUGCACAAACCUCAAAUAUUAAAGAAUGUGAAUCUACUGAAACUAAAGUGAAUUGUGACACUGAAAAUGCUAAUAAUGAUUGUUGUGAGUCUACCAAUGAGGAAAAUAAAGAAAAUACAAAACUGUGUAUUUCUUCUUGUUUAGAGGCUCAAGAUAAUAAUGUUUUAAAUGAAAACAAAAGUAUAGAAAGUGCUGAAGAAGUAAUCCGUCCAUUUUCCCAAUCAAAUGAAGAGCAAGAAUCUGAAGAAAUUUCUGAACCAACUUGUACGGAAAGUGUUGAAGAUAAAUCUUCGUUUAAAGAAGAAUUACAGACAGAAUCGUUUACUUCUCUAGUCUUUUCUAAGCCAACAAAACGGAAAUGUUCUGAAAAUGCAGCAGAAUUGAUUAAAGCAUGUAUGGGUGUUGAAGACAAUCCAAAAAGAACAUGUGGGGCCAAACAAAAAAUUUCUGAUGAUAUUUUGUUAGAUGAUAAAGAAGAAAUUUCAGAAGAUAAGCUAGAAAUAGAACAGAGCUUACCAAAAAAUUCUAAAUCAAAGCGUGAAGACAUUAACAGAAAAUCACGCUCACAGAGAGGUUCAAGCGAAGAUGAAAUGAGUUUAAGUGAACUUGCUAGUAAGUCACGUGCCAAAACUCGGCCAAAUGGAGAAGACCAUGCAAUUGUUACACCGACAAGAAUGAGAAACAGUACCAAGGACUCAGAGAAAGAUGAAAUAGGAAAUAUUCGAACAGGGGGCAGACGUUCUGGAUCUAAUGAGUCCAGAAAGAGUGAUGACACAAAAGGUCGUACUUCUUAUCGAGAUGGUAGAAGAGAUGGAAAGAAAAUUGUACAAGAAGCUCAGGAAAGGCAUUCGCCUACUAGAAGUGGAGCACAGCGCAAUACCCGAGGACGUGAACAAGAUUCUAAAUUGAUUGGCGGGCAACAAGCAAAUAAAGACGAUGAUUCAACUCCGGCUAAAAGAAAGACAAGGGGAUCCGGAGAACAUCAAGAAUGUGUUCCAGCAAAAAGAAGACGCUGUUCUAAAGAUAGUCAUAGAUAGCCAAGAAUGGAACAUUAUGGGUAUCAGUUAUAAAUUAUGUGCAAUGUAUACAGCCUGUAGCACAUAUAGUAUUAACAAUGGAAAUCCUAACCAUUGUUUGUGAACUCCACCGAUAUAUUUCUAGAGACCAAAGCAUUGAUCUGCCAGUCAUGGAACUUACCAAAAUUUUGACUAAUUGAUUGACUGACUUCAUGUACAUAUUUACCAUGUACAUAACAAGAUUUUUGGAAAAUUCUGAUGUAUGUGUGGUGUAUAGAGAAUAUACGAGUGGUGAAUUUCAAAUGGGUCACGUCAACUCAUUUUGAAUCUGGCAUCAUGCCAUAUUGAAUUGCCAUCAGUUUUUUCUCCCCUUUUAAUUAACCGAUUUGAUGCCUGGAAAUGUUUAUUAGAAGUUUUAUGUUGUUUUUUUGUAAUCAACAAGUCACAUUUGUGUUCAUCAGUAUCAGAAGUGCAUGUCUUCAGAUAAGUGCAUUUAUUUUUUGUGACAGUUUUGAAUUGCCAGAUCGACAUCCAUCUUAUUAUGCAUUGCCAGGCUGGAUGGUAUCAAUGUCUAGCUGCAACAUACACACUAAAUCCCAGAUUAAAAAAAAAUGACAUUACCUCAUGUUGUUAAGAAUAAUUAAUAUAAUUUUUUUCCCUUUAUUCAUAUCCUUCCCUUCAUGUGUAUAGAUCUUUCUCAUUAUUGAAUCAUAGAAUAAAUAAAUAAGAGAUACAGGUUGACGGGACUGAGCCUGUUCUGUCAUCCAGCCUUUAACUUAUCACAUGUAUAUAAAACAUCACCUUUUGCUGACUUGAUGUCAGUAUUUGUAAUUGAAAAUUGGUAAAUCAAAUUAUGGUGUGGAAUGUCUAAGGUAGGAAAAAGAAAGCAUAAGAGUAUUUACUCAUUGCAGUAGGUACAGUCCUUUCAGCGAAAAUAAAAUCGAGACUGUCCAAGCAAUCUGCAACAUUGCUUUCAUAACCUGUUAAAGACUCCCACCUGUAAAACUUGUGAAUAUAUUUGUACAUUUGUGGCUUGUAUCAUCGUCCUAUGUAUAAGAAUGACACACUAAACUCACAAAAGCUUUUUAUGAUUUGUUGUAAAACUUUGAAAACACAUCACACAUAAAACAUUACAUUCAUUACACUUGUACACAACAAUUAGUUUAGAUCAAUUGCCUUUCCUUUCUUAGCUUGUGUAUUUUUAUACUUCAGCCUCCAUGAUCAAUAAAUAAACUAAGAUGCAACUAUGUAAUAAUACUUCUCUGAGUUUUAAAUGAAACAAUACAGGUCUCCAAUUCUUUUAAAACAGAGUAUGAAAGCAUAUAUUUAAUCCACAGAACUAUUUUGGAAUAAUUACAAAUCCUUAUUGUAAUUUUUAUAUGAAUCUUGUUUACAAUAAGAAAUUUUUAUUUGGAAAAAUAACAGAAAAAUUCAAUUCCAUCUGUUAUAAUUGAAAAGGUUGUGGUGGGGCUCACAACAUUAUAUACAGUAUAUGCAAUUCGAUCAAAGUAUUUAUUAAAAUAAACUGUCAAAUAAAUCAAAUAUUCAUCAGAGAAAUCAUCUUGUAUUUCUAUAUCUUAUUAAACAACUUUAUUUUUAAGAAAGAAAAGAACAUUUUCCUUAUAAAAUGU